GCGGCGCUGCUCUCCCGCGGCGCUGGGCUCGCGCGCGGAUCAGGCCCGACACUCUCCGCCUCCAGGCCUUGCGCUCGGCCUCGUUCCGCGGCGUCCGCUCCUCCGGCAGCUCACAGCGCGUCUCGUGCGCCUGCCGCUGCGGCCCCGAUGGCUCUGUGCAACGGAGACUCCAAGCUGGAGAAUGCUGGAGGAGACCUCAAGGAUGGCUGCCACCACUACGAAGGAGCUGUUGUCAUCUUGGACGCCGGUGCUCAGUAUGGGAAAGUCAUAGACAGGAGAGUGCGGGAACUCUUCGUGCAGUCUGAAAUAUUCCCCUUGGAAACACCAGCCUUUGCCAUAAAGGAACAAGGAUUCCGUGCCAUUAUCAUCUCUGGAGGACCUAAUUCUGUGUAUGCAGAAGAUGCUCCCUGGUUUGACCCGGCAAUAUUCACCAUUGGCAAGCCUGUUCUUGGGAUUUGCUAUGGCAUGCAGAUGAUGAAUAAGGUAUUUGGAGGUACGGUGCACAAAAAAAGUGUUAGAGAAGAUGGAGUCUUCAACAUCAGUGUGGACAAUACAUGCUCAUUGUUCAGGGGCCUUCAAAAGGAAGAAAUUGUUCUGCUUACUCAUGGAGAUAGUGUUGACAAAGUAGCUGAUGGAUUUAAGGUUGUGGCACGUUCUGGGAACAUUGUAGCAGGUAUAGCAAAUGAGUCUAAAAAAUUAUACGGAGCACAGUUUCAUCCUGAAGUUGGCCUUACAGAAAAUGGGAAAGUAAUAUUGAAGAAUUUCCUUUAUGAUAUUGCUGGGUGCAGUGGGACCUUCACUGUGCAGAACAGAGAACGUGAAUGCAUUCGGGAGAUCAAAGAGCAAGUUGGCACAUCAAAAGUCUUGGUUUUACUCAGUGGUGGUGUAGACUCAACGGUUUGUACAGCUUUGCUGAAUCGUGCGUUGAACCAAGAUCAAGUCAUUGCUGUGCACAUUGAUAAUGGCUUCAUGAGGAAACGAGAAAGCCAGUCUGUGGAGGAAGCCCUCAAAAAGCUUGGGAUUCAGGUCAAAGUGAUUAAUGCUGCUCAUUCCUUCUACAAUGGAACAACUACUUUACCAAUAUCAGAUGAAGACAGGACCCCUCGAAAAAGAAUUAGCAAAACAUUAAAUAUGACUACAAGUCCUGAGGAGAAAAGAAAAAUCAUUGGUGACACUUUUGUUAAGAUUGCCAAUGAGGUAAUUGGAGAGAUGAAUCUGAAGCCAGAGGAGGUUUUCCUUGCCCAAGGUACUUUACGACCUGAUCUAAUUGAAAGUGCAUCCCUUGUUGCCAGUGGCAAAGCUGAGCUCAUCAAAACCCAUCACAAUGACACAGAGCUCAUCAGAAAGUUGAGAGAAGAGGGAAAAGUAAUAGAACCUCUGAAAGAUUUUCAUAAAGAUGAAGUGAGAAUUUUAGGCAGAGAACUUGGACUUCCAGAAGAUUUAGUUUCCAGACAUCCCUUUCCAGGUCCUGGCCUGGCAAUCAGAGUGAUAUGUGCUGAAGAACCUUAUAUUUGUAAGGACUUUCCUGAAACCAACAAUAUUUUAAAAAUAGUAGCUGAUUUUUCUGCAAGUGUUAAGAAGCCUCAUACACUGUUACAAAGAGUCAAGGCCUGCACGACCGAGGAGGAUCAGGAGAAGCUGAUGCAGAUUACAAGCCUGCAUUCCCUGAGUGCCUUCUUGCUGCCUAUUAAAACUGUGGGUGUGCAGGGUGACUGUCGGUCCUACAGUUAUGUUUGUGGAAUCUCCAGUAAAGAUGAACCUGACUGGGAAUCGCUCAUCUUCCUUGCCCGGCUCAUUCCUCGGAUGUGUCACAACAUAAACAGAGUUGUCUACAUCUUUGGCCCACCAGUUAAGGAACCUCCUACUGACGUGACACCCACUUUCUUAACGACAGGGGUGCUCAGCACUUUGCGUCAGGCUGACUUUGAGGCUCACAACAUCCUCAGGGAGUCUGGAUAUUCUGGGAAAAUCAGCCAGAUGCCAGUGAUUUUGACGCCCUUGCACUUCGAUCGAGACCCACUUCAGAAGCAGCCUUCAUGCCAGAGGUCUGUGGUCAUUCGAACCUUCAUCACAAGUGACUUCAUGACUGGUGUGCCUGCGACACCUGGCAACGAGAUCCCUGUGGAGGUGGUGUUAAAGAUGGUCACUGAGAUUAAGAAGAUUCCUGGUAUUUCUCGAAUUAUGUAUGAUUUAACUUCAAAGCCCCCAGGAACUACUGAGUGGGAGUAAUAAACUUUUUGUUCUGUUAAAGUACUGUGUGCAGUUUAAAUUGAUUAGAAAUCAUUCUCAUUAUUAACAUUCAGUACUGUGAAAAAAGUUACUGGAGCAGCUCCAUCACAUCCAAGUUCUCCACAGCAAAGAUCUGCAGCUCCAGUGCGGAGUUAUGGAUAACCAAAAGGUACUGAAGAGUGUGGCUGGGCAGAUAGUCAACACACUGCUGCCCACACCCAGACAGGCCAGUGCUGCUUUUGCCUCUGCCUUGUGCAUUCUUAGUAUAGACUCACAGUUGCUAUGAUGUCUCUGUCUACGAAGGUGGAUGAGGGUGGGUGAUUGGCAGCAGGCCUCUCUUCUCCUUGCUAGUAUCUAAGAGGAGUUAGAAACACCCAGUGAUUAUCAGUGUGACUGUGUGUAUCUUUUGGAGAAUUUGGGUUUCCCUGUGACAUUAUUUCUGUAAAGGGUGAGGAAGAGAUAAAACAAACUUCCUCAGACAAAGACAUAAGUGGGCUGAUCCAGCAGCCACUUUUACAAGAUACUGGAGCUGUUGAACGUAAGCUACGGUGGGUGAGAUGGGAAAACCACCUGGAAUUUAUGGAAGCACAUUAGGAUUUUAUGACAUCCCAGCUAUGGGCAGGAAGAAACUCUGAAUGUUCUCAAAUGUAUAUGAACGAUCUCACUGUUUUUAACCCUUGUUCCACGUCAGUGCCAUAUUCCUCAUGCCAGCCUGUUAACUGAUAAGGAACUCUCUCCCAGCCUGUGCAGCUGCUCCCAGAGCCUUGCAUGGAGUUUCUGCUCUAUCUCCUGAAGAGUCUUCUGUUUCCAUGAUGUUGUGGUGUCCAGCAUAACACAGGUGGGGCUCACGAGGAGACUUGAAACCCUUGUUUUGCUGGUCAGAGGAAUCCCAGGGCACAGAAGCCGUGAUGCAUGCCUGCAGCUCAUGAGGAGAGAGGAAGAUGCUUUCAUCAUCCAGUAAAGAGUUGUAAAAUGACCUCUUAGGUCCGUUCUUUAAACAGAUGCAAUACUUGCUGCUCAGUCUGUGACCACUCUUGGCCCAUGCAAGCUAUUUGCCAAACUUUGUAAUCCUUUCUCCCAUCUAAUCUGUGUGCUUGAUGGCCAUUGCUGCCAGCUGUUAAACUGAUCCUUUAUAGCAUUCAUAUAAGCAUGACAGAAACCUACAGUCAUAGACUUCAAUUCUGCCACUAUUUCUCUUACUUUUUAGCUUAAGAUGCUGCCAUGUUUUCUUUAUAGUCUCACCUUGGGUUGCUGCCUCUUACCUAGUUUAGGUCUUGUCUAAUAAUCAGGUACAAAUUUUGUUUGGGAUUCAAAGUGAGAAAAAACUUCUGUGUGGCAGAAGUCAUAUUUUCAUUCUGGCUGGUCCAGAGGCCCUCGCCAAAUUGAUGCUGGACUGACAAGGGCAGGUUCUGUCUGUCAUAGCAGACACCCUUGCCCAAAGCAGUGGAGUGUGCAUCUCCUGCAGAGCACAAAGGGUCAUUCUCCAUCCUGCUGAGAAGACGGUCAUAGUGGCCUUACAGAAGGGAGGAUAUGAUAGUGACCUGGUCUUAAGAAAUUUUAACAAUGAAUUUAGAGCUAGAAUAGACCAGCUAUCAAAUGCUCACCAGCAUGCAUCCAUACAUGUUGAUGUUUUUAAAAAAACACAAUCAAAAAACCCAACUCUUAUUGCAGACAUGUCCUAUGGUUUUUGUAUUCAAGCACACAGUGGGAAUUACAAAGAAUAUAUAGUAAGAUCACCUCCCCUGCUGGUCCCACAGAACGCUGUUCCACUGUGAUGUGAAAAUGGCCAGGUGACCACAGAGGUUGGAUCCUGGACAUUCAUAGUAAAUGAUGUUCAGAACUCUUGAGAAAUUUGAAGUUAAAAAAUAGUUUUUUAAGUUUGCCUCACUUUUGUGUUUUUGUGAUGUUUUCUUCUUAAACACCUUUUUAUAUAAAGCCUUCAACCCCCGCAGUACUGGGAAUCCAGCCCAGGCCCCCGCACACUGGGCCAGUGCUCUAGCACUGAGCUGCACCCCACCCUGUGUAACCCUCCUCAGUACUAGAAAGAUGGUUUCUCCAAAACACCUUCAUGUGAUGUGUUUUAGUUUUUGAAAAUAUUUCCUGGAAUUCAGAACUUUCCUAAUAUUUGAUGUCUGUCUUCCUUUGCACGAUACCUUACUUCAUGCCGUACAGUGUUCCCCAGACCUCCACGGUAUUCACCAAGCCACUGUGAAAAGGGAAGGUUGCAGUUCCAUUUACAGCUGAGGAAAUAAGCUCAACUCAGGAAUGGUUACCUAAUACAGUUAAGAAUUUUUUUUUUUUUAAAGAGAGAGAAUUUUAAUAUUUUUUUUUUAGUUUCCGGCGGACACAUAUCUUUGUAUGUGGUGCUGAGGAUCGAACCCGGGCCGCACGCAUGCCAGGCGAGCCUACCGCUUGAACCAUAUCCCCAGCCCCCAGUUAAGAAUUAAAUGUCUGCCGCAGUCCGGCUGCAGCAAAAUAUCCGGGGGGUGAUGAGCAACUUGUUUACGUUGAUACAGCAGGAGUAGGAGCCGUUUAUUGUAGGACCGGAGGGAUAUUUAUACAUUCCACACAGCUUAUCUUAAUUAGCAUAAACUAGGUACAGCAGUCAACUAAUAAGAAAUCUCCACACUUAAUGGCUCGCUGGCGCCACCUCACAAACCACUUCCCCUGGCAAAAUGCCAGGCGCCGUCCAGACUUUUUUACAGACUCUAACAUUUGCUAUUGCCAUCCUGACUUGUUUACAGACCCUAACAAAUGUCAGGUUUCCUUAGUCCCAGUAGUACUUUCAUUAGUGUUUUCUGACACCUAAAAUUACACAAACGUAAUUACAUGAUGGGUUGUUUUUGGCCAAUGCUAGGAUGACUUCCUGCCUCCAAGCAUGUCACUAGUUAUCCUGGGCAGAUCAUAGCCUCAACUGUGCUCACCCCAACCUGGGACACUUCCCUGGUGUACACACACACACACACACACACACACACACGGUACCUAUUAGAGGACGUCAGGUCAAUGACAAUAUAAUUUGCUCCUAAGAUUGUCAGACAAAAUCAUUUUUAAAAUAAAUACAAAGUACCCAGUCCUGCCCAUAGAGGAUCAUCAGCUAUGUUAGCAGUAAAACCUGGCAUAGUUUCUGAAGCUGUGUUCAGGUGUGCCUGGGAGACAGGUUUGCUGUCUUCUCAGCUUCCAUAAUCUCAAGUAGCUGCGUGCAUGUGGCCAGACAAGCACGUGCUGGUUUCCUGGCUGGGUCUCAGCCUCCCUUCUGAUGGCCUGUUUCAGAACACCUGGACUUCCUUCUCAGGUGAGGCCAUUCAGGGGGAGCAGGCCACCCUGCCAUCAGAGUCGGAGUUAUAAACUUUUUGUUCUGUUAAAGUACCGUGUGCAGUUUAAAUUGCUUAGAAAUCAUCAGACAGUUGUGUCAACUCAGACAAGUCAUUUGUUUCUUUUUUGGUCAUUUUUUGAAGAUUCUGUAUAGACCAGCAACACAUGACCACUUAGAACCCAUCAGAAUGUUCCUGGUGGCAGUGUGUUUUGAAAGCAUGUUUUUGAGAGGGUAUGCUUGGGCCUUGGGACCAGUAAAAUCCCCCCUCAGCACCAGCCCUUGUUUCUGCAUUGAAGAGGUAACUUUGCAGCCCUUAAGGCAGGGCUUGGAAGGAAGCUCUCUGCACAGCUGUCAGUCACAAAUGCUUUGAAGUAAGAGUCCUCUCCGGACUAUGUGAAUCUCAUGAGAUUGCACUCUUCUAGAAGUUUUUCUGAUAUCUUCACGCCCAGUGUCAGAAUCCUGCCCCUUCCCACCUUCCACACCAGUUCUGUGCACUGCUUGACAAACUCCCUGUUUCUGGGAUUUUCACCAAAAUCUGGUGAGACUGGCCUUAGAUGGCACCCCAGUGGAUGCUCCCUCCCCUGUCUCAUAUCGCAGAUGUAACUGGAAACAGCACAGAUGGAUGUCCCCUCUUGGAUGCACCCUUUUGUCCUUACGGAGGUGACUUGGCUAUACCAGGUGGUUCAGCAACCAGGGUGUCUUCCCCAUUGUGGGGAAAUGGCAGUGGAAUGGCAGGGGCCCUGAUGCUCCUCUGAGUUGCUGGUCAGGGAUCUCUACCUUGGUUGCCUGUUAUUACUACCUGAAAAAUUAAAAAACCAAAUUAAAAAAAAAUCCACACCUCCAGUUAGACUAACUUAGAACCUCGGGGUGAAGCCUAAGCAUUUACAGUCAUAAAUCUCACAGUUGGAAUAAGUUGUUAUUGAGGGACACACCUGGCCUGUCUAGUUCUGGCUUCAAAUCCUAGUCAGACCUGUAAGUGAGAAAUGUAGGCUGCUAGGACUGUCUUCCCAAAGGUCUCAGCUAAAUCCAUUCAGAUGAGGGGCCAGAUUCUGGAUGUUCUGCGUAUGCCACAUCAUAGGGCAGACUCCAGCAGUCAGUUUGGUACUUUUGGGACAGCUCAAGAUCAUUACCUGUGUGGAUGUCAACAAUUGCACAGGCCUCUUUGAAUCUCUCCCUAUUCCUUUUACUUUUCCCUCAGAGGAGAGUCCAUUCCUGUGCUGCAGCCACCCCAGUUCUGACAAUAGCUAGGCCACAAACCUGAGCAGCUUUCCUGCACCAGUGGAGAAAGUCUGCGGCUGUCACCUGAGCAUCUGUCUGAACAAGAGAUUGCCCACGUGAAACCCAAGUUUCCUGAAGUAGAACUGUGGAGCGCACUGUCUUUGUUCUGUGGUGAACCCCAGGGCAGCCUGGGGCCUUGUUAUGGGCCCUUGGUUAUGUGAUCAUGAGACCUCGGGGAGUCUUGGGCAUAUUAGGCUCAGCAACACCAAGGUCCUGAGCUGUCCAGGAAUUCUGGACCUUGAAUAAAUCCAAGUGGAGUUCUUGUCUUUGCAGAAUAGGUUUUUUUUUUCCCCUUUUAAUAUUUUUUUAGUUAUACAGAAUACCACUACUUUAUUUAUUCAUUUUUUUAAUGUGCUGUGGACUAAACCCAGGGCCUCGCAUAUGCCGGGCGAGUGCUCUACCGCUGAGCCGUGAGCCCAGCCCCAGAACAGAUGUUUAAGAUAAGUAAUUUUCUGUCUUUGCAUCUACUGUGACCAUUGUUACAAUCUUAUAACACAUGAAGAAGUGAAUGUAAACCUCUUGCACAAAUUUUUAUAAAGAAAUAUUUUGUUAAUUGGAGCAGGUAGUAGCUGUGAAAUCACCACUGUGCUGUACUGCAGUGUCUGUGUCAUAACUGCCACAUAAAACAGCUUUGCUAAAAUAAAUGUGAAAUGACUGA